CAUCGACUCACUAGGUGCUCAACAGCUAUUCCUGCGGGACUACUGGGUUGCCAAAUUGAUUUUAACUAGUAACAGCUAGAGCUUUUCAGUUGGAUGUAUUGGAGAAGAGUGUAAAAAUGUUUAAUUGUACACGAUGUUUCAGAAACAACAACAAGACUUUCAUUAUUUUUUACUUAUGAAGUCUUUUGUUGUCAAGGCACGUUGAUCUUAUAUCGGCAGGUAUAGUCUGGUAACCGGAAUGGCGGCGUCUCUGUUUUAACAAUGCAAAGAUAGGUUUUACUUUUGUGCAUUUUACUGAACUAGGACCAUAUUACAUCCGGAUGGAUAAGAAGAAGUUUACUAUUAAUUUGGACGAUUCUGCUUUCACCACAGAACGACCUCAGGUGAAGUCCCUGUUUAAGGCUUCAUCGCGGAGCGACGAGCCCCCAGCCCAAGCCGCCCUGCCCCCGCUGUCCUACGCGGAGUUCAUCAUCCAGCGCAAAGGCCAGGCCGCUCAGUCCAGUGACGCGGGGGCACAAGUGAUCGGAGAGCAGGGAACAUCUGCUAAGCAGGCGGCCCACAGCGAGCCUGCGGAUGCGGGCGUGGGGGUCCAUCAGCCGGCAACCGCUCCGGCGGAGGCGCAGGGGGAAGCUGCGAGGUCAGACGCCGCACUCAGCAGUGGCCCAAAAGCAGCCGGCACAGGCAGCAGCAUCAUCGUGAGCCCUCGACAGAGGGGAAACCCGAUUCUGAAGUUUGUGCGGAGUGUGCCGUGGGAGUUUGGUGAAGUCGCCCCUGAUUACGUCCUGGGACCGACAACCUGUGCUCUUUUUCUCAGCCUGAGGUACCAUAACCUGCAUCCAAACUACAUCCAUGACCGACUGAAGAAUCUGGGGCAGACCUUCACUCUCAGGGUGCUGCUGCUACAGGUGGAUGUGAAAGACCCCCACCAUGUCUUGAAAGAGCUGGCGCGCAUCUGCAUAAUGGCAGACUGCACCCUCAUAUUGGCCUGGAGUCCCGAAGAAGCCGGACGGUACCUAGAGACAUACAAAGCCUAUGAGAAAAAGCCAGCAGACCUCCUGAAGGAGCAGGUGGAGAAGGACUUCCUGUCCAAGGUCACAGACUGUCUGACAACAGUCAAAUCCAUCAACAGGACCGAUGCCAUAACCUUGCUCACUACGUUUUCCUCUCUGGAUGGAGUAAUGAAUGCCUCAAAAGAAGACCUUGCACUCUGCCCUGGGCUGGGACCUCAGAAGGCUCGCCGUCUCUAUGACGUCCUACACCAGCCUUUCCUCAAGAGCAAGAGAAAAGCUGAAACAUAGUACCUGCCAGACCUCUUCUCCCAGACACAGCCUUGGGGACGGAACGCUGAGCAAAAUGUUCCUGACAUGCUGUGUUUGGUGUGGACAGACUGACUAAGCAUGGACUCUCUCAGGAAAGGAACUUUUUAAAUCAGCAUUACAUGACCAAAAUAUUUAUUUCAAUAAAGCCUUAUUAGUUUAA